AUGGCUUCCAUCACUGCUCGGAUCCGUCAAUUACCCUGCCGCCUCAUCCUGAGCUACGUUCUCGAUUGGAUAAUUGUGUUCCUCAUCCUUGGCCUUGCUGGCGCAUUCAACUCUAUUGACGCAAAGAAUACGCGCCAUGCAUUCUCCCUACAGGAUCCGAACAUAUCAUUUCCACAUAAGCCAGAUCUGGUCUCUAAUGGAGUGCUCUACGUUACCUCUAUCAUUCUUCCGGCAAUCAUCAUCGCGCUGAUCUGCGUCUUUGCUGUUCCUGGAUGGUCAGCCGCUCGCAGCUUUCGCUCGAGGCAAUCGCUCUGGCGCCGCAAGGUCUGGGAAUUGAACGUUGGGUGGCUUGGUAUAUGUCUGGCGGUCUUCAGCGCUAUCACAAUCACCGAGGGUUUGAAGGCGGCUGCAAACAAACCAAGACCACAUCUGCUGUCGGUCUGCGAUCCUGAUCUCAGCUCAGAUGCCAUCGAGAAAUGGCGGGUGGGCGGUCUAGGCGGCACAGAUCUAAGCACAGCCACUGCUCCCAUCAUCGUCACAUGGCAGAUCUGUAGGAAUGAAGACAAGGACGAGAUGAGAAAUGCAUUCGCAAGCUGGCCUUCCGGCCAUGCUAGUACCAGCUGGGCAGGACUGCUGUACCUAACGCUUCGACGAGGAGCGCCGGCUACUGCAUUGGUGCCCGAGUCGACUCUUCCCACCACUAAUGCCGAGCGCGGCGUACCGCAGGGGCUUCGCCACAAAGCUGCUGCUCCUCCGAUGUAUCUAGUCCUCUUGGCGGCCGUACCAAUCGGCACUGCCUUCUUCAUCUCACUCUCGCGCUGGUUCGACUAUCGGCACCACGGCUUCGAUAUCAUCUCUGGAGCAGUCAUCGGUAUCUUCUGUGCUUGGAUCAGCUUCGGCUUCUACCAAGUGCCGAUCAGCUUGUCCAACGGGUGGGCAUGGGCACCUCGAAGUCAAGGGCAUGAGUUUGGACUCCUGGUUGGCGACGGCCGCGGAUAUGGAGAGUUGACGGAGGACGAGCGCCAGAAUGUAGGCAGUACGGGAGAAAGCGUCAGCUUGGGCAAGCUCACGCCAAGGACUGAUAUAGAGAGUCAGUCUCAGAGUCAGGCCUCGUCCGGAUCAUCGCAAGCCAACCGUGGCGUAGUCGGAACAGUAGGCACUGACGGCCAGCAUUGA